AUGAUAGCUUUAAAAAACGUCAGCAAUAUUAUUUUUCUUAUCUUCAUAUUUGCAUGGAUAUCUGGUGGAAUUUGUGAUGAAGAACCUGAGAAAUGUCCCGAUGGAGGAGCUCCUCAUUUUUAUGACAAUUACAAAAAAUGUUUUUACAAUAAAAAAUUACUGUUCUAUUUUGACCGGUUUGUCAAAUAUGGCUGUUGUGGUAAGGAUAUUUUGAUAUUAUUGAAUUAAAAAUACGUGAGAAAUAAAAAACUAGGUCAAGUGAUGUGGAUUUAAAAACAGUAUAGGUAGCCAUGUCGUCAGUUGCGAUGCGUGUGGGCGACACGUUUUUAGAAAUAAAAAUUUGGCAAAUUCAAUGGAAAAUAUCGAGGUCAACACGCAACGCAGAACCGCAUCGCGACUGACGACAUGGCUACCUAUACUGUUUUUAAAUCCACGUCACUUGACCUACUUUUUUAUUUCUCACGUGUUUUUAAUUCAAUAAUAUAAAUAUAUAUGAAUUAUAAACUAAAUUUAAAUUUAAUUUCAGAAGAUCCUGGAAAAGCCUGCAAAGUUACUGGGACUGCUCCAAACUUCAGUGCCUUGAUUCUUGGGACGGGUAAUCCAUUGUAUAAUAUCAACAUUUCAAUGUGGUCUGGUAACGAAAAGUUUGUAUAUGACAACAAUGGACAACAAGGAUAUAUUUGUCGUGAGUUUUUUCUUAUUUCGAUAUCCCAAAAGUUGAAAAGAAAACUUUUCCUAAUGCGGCGUCCAAAAAUGAAAAAAAAGAGAAAAUUUCCUGUCCAAAAAACCGAAAAAGGCAGCCCUCCAGAUUCAAGGCGCAUGCUGAAGUACGGUAGAACAUGCAUAUCUAAAUCGAUUUCUGAGAAGAAAUUGGACAGAAAAAAGAAAAAUUGGACAGGAACCCAACAAAAAUGUUCAAGGUGCACGAGUUAGAUACGUAGUUGGUACGGUUUUUUGCAGUGUGUUCCUUUAAUCUGGCAAUCCUACCUUUUUCAAUUUUUGGACAGGAUUUUUCUUUUUUUUUUCUCUUUUUUCAUUUUUUGACGCCGCAUAAUAGGAAAUUGGCAGUUUUUGAAUGGGAAAAUGAAAAAAGAGAAAAAAAAAGAAAAAUCCUGUCCAAAAAUUGAGGCAUAAUUUUUCAAUAGGAAUCGGACCACAAAAAAUUAGGAAGUUCCUAUCACACCUGGCGUCAAAAAAUGAAAAAAGAGAAAAAAAAAAGAAAAAUCCUGUCCAAAAAUUGAGGCAUAAUUUUUCAAUAGGAAUCGGACCACAAAAAAUUAGGAAGUUCCUAUCACACCUGGCGAGAGAGUGUCCCAAAAUUUUUGUACAGCGUGGAAAUUUUUGCAAAAAAAAAUUGUGCAGCGUGAAAUUUUGAAUUUUUUGAAAAUUAUCAUCAAAAUCCGCGGAAAAUCAAUGAAAACUUCACUUUUUCUUGAAAAAAUGUACAGAACAUUUUUGUACAGUGUCCAUUUUGGACACGUUUCGUCAGGUGUGGUUCCUAUACAAAAACACUGCUACAGAAAAAAAUUAUGUUUCUCAUUAUUUCAACUCACAAGGACUGAGUCGCUUUUCGGCAGAUGGAUUUUUUAUAUUUUCGAUCUAAAAUGCACUUUCAGCAAUUCCCGUUGGAUAUUUCUGGUUCGAUUCGUUGGAAUACAGCGAAGAUGAAUUUGAAAAGAAACAUUUACCGGUGGAUUAUGUCGGAAUGAAUUCCACAACACCGUUGAAAAGUUGUUCAAAUAACAUCGAUUGUAAUUAUGAUGAAAUUUGCUCGCCUUUUGUUUCAUAUGAAUCUGAUGGUAAAAAUAAAUUCAAUAAUGGGUUAAUCAAUCGAGAUGUCAAAUUUUGUUAUUUUAGUGAGUUUUUUAUAAGUUCAGUGAAGCAACUAAUUAUGUUGACAAAGAUCAAAUGGAAUUAUGAAUCAAAUUAAGUAUCAACAAUAUUAUUCCAGAGCCACCGAUCACAAACGCUACAACAGCUCGCAGUUAUCGUUAUUUAACACAUCCUUCUCAAAUCGAAGCGUUUUUCUGUCUAUCUGACAAUGAUUGUAUGAAGAACGAAAAUUGGAAUUCGAAAUGUGAGAAUUCAAAAGAAAAAUGGACUUAUUUUGACGAAUCAUUGCAACAUAAAAAACAAUAUGCAGGAUUUUGUGUGGAAAUGAAACCGCUUCCCUACACUUUCUCGAUUCCGACUAAAGAUGAUCAAAUCAAUCUUCCAAUUGAUUAUGAAGAAUCAAAAAGUGUUGAAAACUUGAAAAAAUGUGAAACGAAUAACGAUUGCAAUGAUGGAAAUGGCCAAAAGUUUUGUGAUUAUUCAAUAGGUUAUGAGGAUGAUAUUACGAGAAAUAAUAGCGAUAAAUUCUGCUAUAAAGGUAACUAAACUCUAAUCAAAAGUUUAUGUUCAUAUUUUUAUUUACAGUUCCUGAUUACCUUGCCAAGUUACCCGAAAAAACUGUACUCGAAGAGAAGGCAUUAAGUUUCAAACUUUGCAACAAUUCUUCCCACUGUAAAUCUUCUGCGUAUUGCUACAAACCAUCUGGAAAUCAGGAAAGAUUCAAAGCUGAUGGGAAAGUUUAUGAAGGAUAUUGUGUGUUGACAAAAAUGUGCCCAUUUCAUAAAGUGCCAAAACAAGCUUAUGGUGUUGGUUUUUGCGAAACGGAUGAUGAUUGCCCGCAAUUCGAAAAUCGUCAAAAAUCAUAUUGCACCAAGAAACAUGGUGUUGGAUUUUGUUGUAUGGGUGAAUUUGAUUAUACAGUUGUGAGUUUUGAUAACUUGAAUAAGUUUCAAAAAAUAAACUAUAAACUUUAGGUUAUCGAAUCCGACUACACUUUCACGUAUCAAGUAAUGGGUGUUGCACUUUUUGUUGGAACUACUUGUUUAUGCCUUCUGAUUUGGUACGCUGUCUCGCAGAACAAUAAGGAAGCGGAAAGAGAUCAGAUGAGAAAAUAUGGAUAUAUUCCCGGAAAAAGAAAGCAGCAUUAA